GUUCCACUACAAUAACACAAUAAAAAACUUUUCCUUUUUAUACCGAGAUAGUUUUCGUCUUUGUAGCUGAAGGAACUCAUCGAUGGCUGAAAAAAGCAAGGUUUUGGUGAUCGGAGGAACCGGAUACAUCGGGAAGUUCAUCGUUGAUGCCAGCGCAAAAGAGGGUCACCCCACUUUUGCAUUAGUCAGAGAGACUUCCCUCUCCGAUCCCGUUAAGGGAAAAAUCAUCGACGAUUUCAAGAACUCAGGGGUCCAGUUGUUAACAGGGGAUCUUUACGACCAUGAGAGUUUGGUUAAGGCAAUACAGCAAGCUGAUGUGGUGAUUUCAGCCGUGGGUCUGACGCAGUUAGCAGAUCAAGUUAAGAUCAUUGCUGCCAUUAAAGAGGCUGGGAAUGUUAAGAGAUUUUUCCCAUCGGAAUUUGGAAUGGACGUCGACCUGCAUAAUGUGGUUGAGCCGGCGAAAUCACUAAUGGAAAUAAAGGCUCAAAUCCGUCGUGCCGUUGAGGCUGAAGGGAUCCCUUACACUUAUGUGGCUUCUAACAGCUUUGCAGUCUACUUUCUUCAGUCUUUGUCACAGCCAGGACUCACCUCUCCCCCAAGAGACAAGGUCGUCAUACUAGGCACUGGAAAUCCCAAAGCUGUUAUCAACCAUGAACACGACAUCGGAACUUACACUAUCAAAGCUGUCAAUGAUCAGAGAGCAUUGAACAAGACCCUGUUCAUCAGGCCUCCCAAAAACACCUGCUCGUUCAAUGAGCUUGUUGUACUGUGGGAGAAAUUGAUCGGCAAAACCCUUGAGAAAACAUAUGUAACAGAAGAACAACUCCUGAAACAGAUCCAAGAGGGUCCACGUCCACUCAGCCUUUUCUUGGCCAUAUGUCACGGCAACUUUGUCAAUGGUGAUUGCACCAACUUUGAGAUAGAACCAUCACUCGGGUUUGAAGCUUCUGAGCUAUACCCUGAAGUGAAAUAUACAACUGUUGAAGAAGGCCUCAGUCGUUUUGUUUGAGAAAGAUAGCAAUCGAACCGGAUCCUUUUUAUUGAAAGCUUACCAGUAAUAAGCUGAAGGAUGUGCAGAGGGCUUGGGGAUUCUCUGUGUCUAUGUAUAUUCAGUGUCUAUGAACAAUUAAAACAGUUCUUUCUUUGUACUAGUCAUCAAUAGAGACCCAUGCAAGCA